AGACAAGCCUCUCGCGCUUCUGUUUCCGGCCACCUCAGCGGGGGAAGAGGAGACGCAGGCAGAGGGAGCUACCAGAGCGGAGUGCCGAGCGGAGGACGGAGGGAGACCACCGCGACUGCCAUUGUCUGGGGGCCGUGUUGGCGCUCCUGUAACCAGAAGAGAUGGUGUUGCUGACGAUGAUCGCCCGGGUGGCGGACGGGCUUCCGCUGGCGGCCUCCAUGCAGGAAGACGAGCAGUCUGGCCGGGACCUUCAACAGUACCAGAGUCAGGCCAAGCAACUGUUUCGCAAAUUGAAUGAACAGUCCCCUACAAGAUGUACCUUGGAAGCAGGAGCCAUGACCUUUCAUUACAUUAUCGAGCAGGGAGUGUGUUACCUGGUUUUGUGUGAAGCUGCUUUCCCCAAAAAGUUGGCAUUUGCCUACCUUGAGGAUUUGCACUCCGAAUUUGAUGAACAACAUGGAAAGAAGGUGCCCACUGUCUCCAGACCCUACUCCUUCAUUGAAUUUGAUACUUACAUUCAGAAAACCAAAAAACUGUACAUUGACAGCCGUGCACGGAGGAACCUGGGCUCCAUCAACACUGAAUUACAGGAUGUUCAGAGAAUCAUGGUGGCUAAUAUUGAAGAAGUCCUACAGCGAGGGGAAGCCCUCUCAGCAUUGGAUUCCAAAGCCAACAAUUUGUCCAGUUUGUCCAAGAAAUAUCGUCAGGACGCGAAGUAUUUGAACAUGCGUUCCACCUAUGCCAAACUUGCGGCAGUUGCUGUGUUUUUUAUCAUGUUGAUAGUGUAUGUACGAUUCUGGUGGCUUUGAGCCGGUUGAUGCCAUCCUUGGCAGGGGAGAGCCUGAAGUGUGGCAGGUGUAUGUUUGCAGGACACUGAGUGCACAGGGCUGUGCGUUAGGAUCCAAAUGGGACUUACGACUACUGAGACCUAGAAAGAAAGGAAGUGUCCUAAAUGCCAUAGGUCACCCCUCAUUUAGUGAAGCUUCACCCUCUAAAGAAGGUCUUGUUGGGGACUAAAGACUUUCUCUGGGUGGCACGCUGUAUGUGUUAGGGAUCAGUAGACUUCCCCCCACCCCACCCCUGUGUUCUGAACCCUUAGGCAUCAUUGACUAGGGCAUUCCCUUUCUGGAAUGGAUCCAUCACUGGGACUCGUACUAACCAACUUCUAGUGGCACCACCUUGUUCCUUCUUUUAGAGAAGGCAGCCCUAAUGGAAACUGUUAAGCGCCAAUGAACAUUCCUAAUGUGGGUAGUGCUUGUUUUUUUCUGGAAUCUGGAUCUUCAAUGGCCACUCAAACAAGACUCCUGUAUGUGAAGGCUGAUUUCUGUACAUACCUUAAUGUCUUUUUCUUCCUGUGAGAAGUUAACUUUGUUGUUUUCCUUUUCUGAUAUUUUGCUUAUUGCACAAUUGCUAUGGGGUUAAAUGAAUAUUAAAUUGAGAUGCCUUGAAAUUAAUGCUGUAUCCCCUCCCUGAUUAGGAAGGUAAUAGGCUUUCUAUAACAUAAUACUUAAACACAAAUUUUAAACUAUUGUGGGAAGUUGUUAAUUUCCUUCCUAAACAUCCUGCUUCAUAUAACACAGGGGAGAAGAGUAAGAGUGUCUGAAUACUAUUACCGGCUAGAGGCUCAGCACCUACUCUAGCUCCUUUCUUGCUUCCAUUUAUUAAUUUUUUUUUUACUUUUUUGUUUUUCCCCAUGUAUAUUUCUAUGAUGGGGGCUGGGAGAAGGGAGGGCACAAAAAGGUCACUUUGAUCAACAGUCUUAAGCUUCAUGGUGAGCAUUUUCAGAUAAUCCAGAUUAUAAAACAGAAAAUGUUCAUUUGUGUAGGGAAUCAAUUUUUGAUUUCAGUUUUUCUGUGUUUUAUUACAAAUAUUUUUAACUAAGAAAGUCUGUCAGAAUUACCAAUGUUCCUCCUGUUUGUGUAUGCUUUCUAAGAAAGUUACCUUUCUAAGUAUAGGAAUCUCAUUUACUGUAUUUUUAAAUAGCUAGUAGAAUGACAUCUGACCUCACCUCCACUCUUUCUCCUGUGUGCUCUUUUUUAAGCACCUGGCUCUCUUGUUUCUCCCACCCCUAGGGUGAUAGAAAUUUCCUUUUACUUUUGGAGGUGGGAUUUUUGGAAUAAGGACCAGGGGCAAGGUGAGUAAAGAUCUUAUGCAGCCUAUCUAGUGUCUCCAGCUCCUAGAACAAAUAUUGUUUGAGAAGAGGCAGAAUGACACCCUGCUUAAUUCUCAGCACUUUAAAAAUGUCUUUAGUUCAAUAAGUCCAGUAGGUGUGACUUUCAAACUACAAAAGUUAUUUAAGGUCCAAGCCCUGUUUCCUGAUUAGGCGUUAGGAAGGAAUCAGUUUCCCCUAUAAAAAGACAAAGAGAUUUGAUUUGUCUCUCCUGAUUUACUUAGAACCCUCUGAAAAAACCUGAUAUAGUAGCAACUAUUAUGGUCCCAGCAUGGAUAAGAAUCUAUCAGCCUCCCCAGAACAAUCUGUGUGACUACAGUUCAUCAGAAGCAGGCCUCAGAUCAAAACAGGUUUUUUUGAGUAGUCAGAAGUUGCUCUUUAUAGACAGAAAUAGUCCCCCCAAAUCUUGUCUCUAUAUGCAGCUGAAUGUUCCUGCUAUGUAGGUCUGUGAAAGGCUGAAGAUUGAUCCCAAUAUGGCUCCCUAAGAUUUGGCGCCAUUCAGGAAUGGAGAAUGUGGCAGCUUGAUGAAAGUCGAAUGCUGCCACCUGAGGGUCAGCAACAAAAUAAAUUUCUUCUAAGAACAUCUC